AUGGAUUAUUCCGAGGCAGAUAGGGAUCAGAAAGCAGCAGUUGAAGUCACAAAAGAUAAGAAUGGAAUCUCUCAGGUGCUCCUUCGGAGUCCACGUGGGGCUUCAUCUCGGAUUAGCCUUCAUGGAGGACAGGUUCUUUCGUGGAAGACUGAAUUGGGUGAAGAGUUGUUAUUCACAAGUAGUAAGGCAAUUUUCAAGCCACCAAAAGCUGUGAGGGGAGGAAUUCCUAUUUGUUUUCCUCAGUUUGGGAACCGGGGUUCAUUAGAGCAACAUGGAUUUGCCAGGAACAGAACGUGGAUUAUAGAUGAAAAUCCUCCACCUCUAUUUCCCAUUGAUUCCAAUGGAAAGCCACAUAUUGACUUGCUCCUCAAAUCAUCAGAAGAUGACCUCAAGAUUUGGCCACAUAAUUUUGAGUUCCGUCUUAGGGUGGCUCUGGCUGUCGAUGGACAUCUCACCUUGACAUCGCGCAUUAGAAAUGUCAAUUGCAAGCCUUUCAGUUUCUCAUUCGCCUACCAUACGUAUUUUUUUGUCUCAGAUAUUAGUGAAGUAAGAGUAGAGGGGAUCGAGACUCUUGACUAUCUCGACAACUUGUGCAACAGAGAGCGUUUCACAGAACAAGGAAACGCCUUAACAUUUGAGUCCGAGGUGGAUCGAGUUUACCUCAGUUCUUCAGAUGUUGCAGUUUUUGAUCAUGAGAAAAAGAGGACUUUUGUAAUAAGGAAAGAUGGACUUCCUGAUGUUGUGGUUUGGAAUCCAUGGGAGAAGAAAUCCAAAACCAUUACAGACUUCGGUGAUGAAGAGUAUAAGCAGAUGUUGUGCGUUGACGGUGCUGCAAUUGAGAAACCAAUCACCUUGAAGCCAGGCGAAGAAUGGACAGGACGUCUCGAGUUAUCGGUCGUGCCUUCAAUACAAUAA